UGUUGAUUUCGUUAAAUUUACCGAUUAGCAAUGGGUAAAAAAGACAAAAAUAAGAAGAAAGUUAGUGGUAUUGAGAAAACAGCUAUGAAAACAGAAAAAAAACUUACUGCAAAGCAAAAGAAAGAGUUGGCUGCACUCGGAGAGGAUGAUAUCGAGAAAGUGGUGGCAGAAAUUGAGCGGGAAGAGGCAAAGAGGCAACGUGUCGUUGAAGCGGUUGUCGCACCGCCGUCACAUCGUGUAAAUUUCUCAUUAACCACUCAUCCUUUCAAAGAUGAGCUAGUAAUGCUUGGGGGGGAGUUCUACAAUGGACAAACGACACUUGUGUACGGAGACAUGUUCUUUUACAAUAUAAGCAACAACGAAUGGUCCGUAAUUAAGGCACCUGGUGGCCCAGCACCCAGAUGCGGACAUCAAGCGCUAGCUGUUCCAAUAAAUAAAGGUCAACUGUGGGUCUUCGGUGGUGAAUAUUCAAGCCCUUCGCAGUCACAGUUCUACCACUAUAGAGAUCUAUGGGUCUAUCACUUUGGGGAUAAGAAAUGGGAGAAAAUUGGGGCCACUGGUGGACCAUCAGCGAGAAGUGGUCAUAGAAUGGUAUAUAUGAAAAAACAACUAUUUAUAUUCGGUGGGUUUCACGACAAUGUCAGAGAUUACAAAUAUUUUAACGACGUUUUUGUAUUUAAUCUCACAACAUACAAAUGGAACAAGUUGGAGCCUUCAGGCACUCCACCAGCUCCUCGAUCUGGAUGUGUAGUAUUACCAACACCGGAUAAUAAAAUUCUAGUUUACGGUGGCUACAGUAAAGAGAGAAUUAAAAAAGAUGUGGAUAAGGGUCACGUACACACUGAUAUGUUUUUAUUGAGCCCAGAGAAAAAUGAUCAGACUGGAUUAAAAUGGAAAUGGACGCUUCUGAAACAAAGUGGUAUAUCAAUAUCACCAAGAUGUAGCGCUACAGCGAUUUUGGCUCAAUCAAAUCUCGCAUAUAUGUUUGGUGGUGUUUUUGACGAAGAAGAAAAUGAAGAAGACCUUAAAGGAACAUUUUUCAAUGACCUCAUCGCACUGGAUCUUGAAAAGUACCAAUGGAGAACAGUAACAUUGAGCGGAAAGAAAAACCCGCAAGAGAGGCGAAAACGUAGAAAACAAAAAGAAGAUGGUGAUAUUAACGAAGAAAGUAGUGACAACGACGAUGGUAGUGACCAUGAAGUUCCGAAAGCGAUGGAUGUCACUUCUGAACCAACUAUUGUCUCUGAUGGAAUUUUCACGGUCACUGUUGGUCCGUCCAGUAUGACCAACAGUACAAUUAAGGAGGAAAAACGACCAGAUGAUAUUUUCUCACCAUCUCCUCGAAUUAAUCCUGGGCUUGCCAUCAAGCAUGGAGUGCUGUACUUGUUUGGUGGGAUGUUUGAAGAUGGAGACAGACAAUACACUCUUAAUGAUUUCUACAAAUUGGACUUUCGUAAGUUAGAUGAAUGGAAAACAAUAAUCAAAAGCGACAUUACUUCGCAAACAUGGAUUGAUUCUGAAAGCUCAGAAUCUGAAAGUCAAGGUGAAGAAUCUACCAGUGAUGGCAGCAGUGAAAAUGAGAUGGAGGUUGACGAAAAUUGAAGUGUAACUUUUGCCUAAUUAAGUGACAGAGAAUUUUUUUCAUCACUAUCAAAUAAUGUAAAUUGAUUGUAUCAUGAUACUACGACUCAGCUGUAAAAUUAUCAUUCAGUAAAUUUUAAUAUGAAAACAAAUUUAAGUCUGAAGUAUAUGAAAAACGUACUGCA